AUGGGCACGUGCUGGCUGUCACGCGCCCCUCCCCCACAUCCCGGGCCCCGUGGAAGGGGGCUCCCCAUCGGGGCGGCUGGCGUGGGCGACCGUUUAACCGAAGACGGAAGUCCGGACGCGGGAGGUGGCGGUGGGGGUGGGGGUGCGGGUGUGAACUUGUAUGUGAAAAAUCUUGAUGAUGGUAUUGAUGAUGAGCGUCUUCGAAAAGAAUUCUCACCAUUUGGUACAAUUACUAGUGCAAAGGUGAUGAUGGAAGGUGGCCGCAGCAAAGGGUUUGGGUUUGUAUGUUUCUCUUCGCCAGAGGAAGCCACCAAAGCAGUCACAGAAAUGAAUGGCAGGAUUGUUGCCACUAAGCCAUUGUAUGUAGCUUUAGCCCAACGCAAAGAGGAACGGCAGGCUCACCUCACAAACCAGUAUAUGCAGAGAAUGGCAAGCGUCAGAGCUGUGCCCAACCCUGUAAUCAACCCCUAUCAGCCUCCUUCAGGUUACUUCAUGGCAGCUAUUCCUCAGACUCAGAACCGUGCUGCAUACUAUCCUGCUAGCCAAAUUGCUCAACUCAGACCAAGUCCUCGCUGGACUGCUCAGGGUGCCAGACCUCAUCCAUUCCAGAACAUGCCCGGUGCUAUCCGCCCAGCAGCUCCUAGGCCGCCAUUUAGUACAAUGAGACCAGCUUCUUCACAGGUUCCACGAGUCAUGUCAACACAGCGUGUUGCAAACACAUCAACUCAGACGAUGGGUCCACGUCCCGCUGCUGCUGCUGCUGCAGCUACUCCUGCUGUCCGCACAGUUCCACAGUAUAAGUAUGCUGCAGGUGUUCGCAAUCCUCAACAGCAUCUUAAUGCACAACCACAGGUUACCAUGCAGCAGCCUGCUGUUCAUGUGCAAGGUCAGGAACCUUUAACUGCUUCCAUGUUGGCAUCCGCCCCUCCUCAAGAGCAAAAGCAGAUGUUGGGUGAACGGCUGUUUCCACUCAUUCAGGCCAUGCACCCCACUCUGGCUGGUAAAAUCACUGGCAUGUUGCUAGAAAUUGACAACUCUGAGCUUCUUCAUAUGCUUGAGUCUCCUGAGUCUCUCCGUUCUAAGGUUGAUGAAGCUGUAGCUGUACUGCAAGCUCACCAAGCUAAAGAAGCUGCCCAGAAAGCAGUUAACAGUGCCACUGGCGUUCCAACUGUUUAAAGAAAAGAUCAGGGACCACGAAAUGGAACCUCUGCUUCACCGAAGAAAAAUAUCUAAACAUCGAAAAACUUAAAUAUUGUGAAAAAACAUUGCAAAAUAUAAAAUAAAUAAAAAAAGGAAAGGAAACUUUGAACCUGAUGUACCGAGCAAAUGCCAGGUCUAGCAGACUUAAUGCUAGUCCUAGAUUACUUAUUGAUUUAAAAACAAAAAACAAGAAAAAACAAAAAACCCAAAAAAAUAGUAAAAUAUAAAAACAAAUUAAUGUUUUAUAGACCCGGGGGGAAAAGAAUUUUCAGCACAGUACAAAAAUUUAAAGCAUUCCUUUCUUUAAUUUUGUAAUUCUUUACUGUGGAAAAGCUCAGAAUAUCACCACUGUUUUAGAUAACAGAAUUGAUAGCUGAGCAAGGAAACGUAAUUUGGAUUAUAAAAUUCUUGCUUUAAUAAAAAUUCCUUAAACAGUG